CCCAAACAUCCCAGAUAGCACUGACCAUAGGGGAAAGUACGGCAGCCUAAUGGUGUCUUGAACAUAGAAAGGAACAACAAGGAAGACAAUUACCGGGUUUCAACCGCAGAAUUUCAACACAUUCAACCUUUUUCUUUUAAAAUUAAAUCAUUGAAGCAAGCAAGCCAGUACCGCCUUGUGAUAGUAGGCCAAACUGAACACCUGGGCUUGUAUGUGAGUCUGUUCUGUCAACCAUGGUCAACAACGUGGAGGGUAUCGAGAACAACACGGUGACUGAGGCUCCAGUACCAACCCAGAACCAGCACCCUGAGCCUGGGGUGACGGGGGUGCGGUCCAGGGGUGGAGGGGGUGGGGCGGAACAGAACGGACAGGCUCCCCCACAACGCACCCCCCAGGUGGUAGAGAGUGAGGAAGACGAAGAUGAGGAGCUGACGCUGAAGUACGGGGCCAAACACGUCAUCAUGCUAUUCGUCCCUGUCACGCUCUGCAUGGUGGUCGUCGUGGCAACCAUCAAGUCCGUCAGCUUCUACACCCAGAACGAUGGACAGAGGCUGAUAUACACCCCAUUCCCCGAGGACACAGACACAAUAGGGCAACGAGCCCUCAACUCAGUCCUCAACGCCACCAUCAUGAUCAGUGUCAUCAUAGUCAUGACCAUGGUGCUGGUGCUGCUAUACAAGUACCGCUGCUACAGGGUGAUCCAAGGCUGGCUGUUCCUCUCCUCUCUACUCCUCCUGUUCUUCUUCUCUUUCAUAUACCUCAAAGAAGUGUUCAAGACGUACAACGUGGCGAUGGACUGGAUCACCUUGGCUGUGAUCGUCUGGAACUUCGGGGUGGUAGGGAUGGUCUGUAUCCACUGGAAGGGGCCUCUCCGCCUGCAGCAGGCCUACCUCAUCAUGAUCUCUGCUCUCAUGGCCCUGGUCUUCAUCAAGUACCUUCCUGAGUGGACCGCCUGGCUCAUCCUGGCCGUUAUAUCUGUCUAUGAUCUGCUAGCAGUGCUCUGCCCCAAAGGUCCUCUACGUAUCCUAGUGGAGACAGCCCAGGAGAGGAACGAACCCAUCUUCCCUGCUCUCAUCUACUCCUCGACCAUGGUGUGGCUGGUCAACAUGGCAGACACUGGCCUCGGACACAGACCAAUGACCAGGAAGACCUCAACAGAGGCCCCCAUCACUCAGGUCGAGAGUCAAUCCCUGGCUCUAGGCCCGGCCCCUCUCAGCCCCCCGGAGGAUGACGGAGGGUUCACCCCUAACUGGAUGGGGCAUCAGGAGCAUCAGCUGGGACCCCUUCAGUCCACAGACGAGACCCGACGGGAGAUCCAACAACUCCCCUCUGCCAGACCACCCGUAAUGGACGAUGAUGACGAGGAGAGGGGAGUGAAGCUGGGUCUAGGAGACUUCAUCUUCUACAGCAUGCUGGUGGGGAAGGCCUCUGCUGCAGCUAGUGGAGACUGGAACACCACCCUGGCCAGCUUCGUAGCCAUACUCAUCGGCCUGUGUUUGACCCUUCUUCUCCUGGCCAUCUUUAAGAAGGCCCUCCCUGCCCUUCCCAUCUCCAUCUUCUUUGGCUUGGUGUUCUACUUCGCUACAGACAACCUGGUCAGACCUUUUAUGGACCAGCUGGCUCUGCACCAGUUCUACAUUUAGCAGGAUGUUCCCCUGCUCUCGCCGCCCCACGGGAGCUGCCAUCAUCAAGACCAGGGGUGUAUUCAUUAGUACACAACAUAGCGAAACGUUUUUGCAACGAAAACAUGUUUUUUUUUUGUUUUUUUUACUAAAUCCGGUAGGUUCCCUCCCCCUUUUUGUCCUGUUUUGCUGUGCCAGAGUUCAACCUCUAACAAGGGGACCAGGGGCAUCUCCAGUCCAGCCCCCUGACUGAAGUUCAGUGGUAGUUUUUGGAUCUGCUUUUUGUUUCUGGGCUUGGUGGGGUGGGGGGGUUCAUAACCAUGA